AUGUUUACGAGGUAUCAGAGACUUUUGACUAACAUGUAGCUAAUAAGAACAGAAUUUAUUAGAACACGGAACUGAGAAAAAUCUCUCAAUUUCAAGAAAGGAAAUGAGAAUACCUUGAACUCAAAAGUAUUGAUUAGUUCGUAUUCUCUGCAUCGCGAUGGGCGAUUUCUGCGGCGUGUUUCGAACACUGUUGUACACUAGCGCCUUUUUGCCUUUCUCAAUCUCAAGUGUAGGGAAAGUUCGCUCUAAACAACUGCAGGCAUCUCUGCUCGGACAUUGGUAACGCAGGCUUGUGCGUCAGGCCGGGCGGCCUGGCCCGGGCCGGCCUGGGCUUUGGGCCUUAUUUUCAGGAAAAAGCCCGCGUGGGCUCAGGCCGAGCCGGGCUUCAAAAAAAAUUUAAAAUUUCAUUUAAAAAGUUUCCACCGAAAUGUGACUUUUACUUCUGAAAUCAUAGUUUUUGUUAAACUUUAAGAGAAAAAAUGAGCAAAAACGUAAUUUUUGUCGUAAAAAAACUUAAUAUCCGACUAGAAAAAACUUUGCGCGAUUCGGGCCGGGCGGGCCAUUUUUUCUUGAGGCCCGCGAAGGCCAGGCCGGGCCGGGCUUACGAAAUGGUCGGGGGGCCGGGAGGGUGACGGGCCGGCCCUCGCACAAGCCUGUGGUAACGCGAAACGAACGUUUUUGGGCGGUUCUGGGGGUCACUUAAGAGUGCUGAGGCUACUAAAGUGGUCAUUAGAAAUGCCCCGACACGUCCGAUCCGCGUCCCGAUCGCGUUACCAAGAUCCGAGUGACAUGGGGCGCAUAUGCGCAUAAAAGUCGCUACAAAUCUUUCUCUGAUCUACGAUAUUUCGUUGAAUCUCGCAGCGAGAUAACGACGGAAUAGCGUAGCCAGAGAAAAAGUUGUGGCGGCCUUUAUGCGCCCCAUAAUACAGAAGAGAUCUCAACUUAUCAAUAAAAAAUCAUAAUUCCAAGUUACUAUCCCGAAGUAAUUUUUUACCUUACAUAGGCGAAUCGAGAAAAGGUAUCGCCGGACCCUCAGAGGUAUAUCGCAGGCUCUGAAGUCUCACGAUGGUACCUCGAGGAUACCUCUGAGGAUUUCGAGCAAAAUGAGAGGGGGUUGAGAGAGACUCUGAAGUAUCUCCGAGAUGAUUCAGAUAUAGCUGAAAGGUAUGCCGGCGGUCUCACGAUGGACACAUUAUGGGGUCUUCACGAUUCGCCUGUGUCGGACAAAACGGAAAUUGUUCCGAAACGCAACAAAAAUGCUCAAAAAAAGUUUAUAGCAGUGAAAUAAGCGAAAAAUGAAAGUUUUUUUAAUCACCUCUAAACUUGAAAAAUUUUUUUAAUUUUUUUAAAAAAAUUUAAUUUAACGUAGAGUUUUUCAAUCUGAAGUCAAAGUAUAUAAUUUAGCAGGAUCAAAAUUAUAGUCAGAGAUAAUUAUCUCUGACUCUCCGAAAAUUAAGUUAUCGUUUUCGCUCUCUGACAGUCAUUUUGCAUUUGGCGGAAUCAUUUUGGAAAAGGCACCAUCAUCGAAGCCGCAAAAGCGCGAAAAGAGCAAGUGAGGUGAAAAAGAUCUUAAAUUAUUUUUGCUCGAAAUGAUCUCUGAACCGUCGAUAGACAUCGAAAAUUUUUUUUAAUUCUGCGAAAAUCGCAACCCUUCUGUCGACGAGCGCGUUCACAGCCGUUUUAGAGCUUUUUUUGUAAUUUGAGUUGUUCAAAAAAAUAUCCAUAUUUUUUUGAUGAUUUUGAUUUUGUUUAAAAAAAGCAAAUUUUUAGGUUUUUAAUCAGUCAUUAAUAAAUUAUAAAAAAUUAAGCAAUUCAUUUUCUGAUUCAAUUGCUCAAGCUAAACGAAAUACCUUCAUGUCUUAUUCCUGUAGUUUGAACUGUUCUCGUACAUAAUUUUAGAACGUAAAGUUUCAUGUGCGAGUUCAUUAUUCAAAUCCUUCUCAACAGUGCAUCUAAAUCUGCGUUUUCGUCCCACCCCACGCGCGUUUGUGUUUUUCUCUGCGUACCCUCUCUCAUUAUCCAGCCUCGUUUCUCGUUAUGCCGCGAAAUAAUUAUUUUUGAAACAAUCGCCUCCCCUAGGGGAGGGCCCUUUUACUGUUCAUUUAUUUCAAAUAAAUAAAAUACAGUUUUUUUUAGUGGGAAUCUCUCUGCUCUAGAUAUCGCUUUGGUUCAUGAUAGAAACGAAUGAAGUUUGACCGGAGCUUUAUAUUCGCGCAACUUUUCCCCCAACACAGUCGAAAUUUUGAUAUUGUGUUCCUUCGUUUCAAUUAGUUCCUUCAUGAAGGAUUGAAGCUUCAAUCUUCUCAGGAGUAAAGCGUAAUAAAUUAUUUGAGUUCUAAUAUAUUUUAUCGUCUUUCCUAAUACGCGAUAAAAAUCACUUUAUAAUUAUUCUUUCAUUUCGUUCAUCUUGGCUCCUUUAUAAUUUGUGGCGUACGUCCUUUUCUACAUCUGCUUCUAUGCAUUGAUUCGCCUUUUUAUGAGCGUUCCCCUCAUCCCAUAAGCCAAUCGAGGUCAGUUUUCGCCAUUUUACCACCUUCACCCUAACCUCUUCAUUAUUGCUUAUCUUUGAUAAUUUCUCAUACAUUACUGUGAUUUCUUCAAGAGUUUUUUUGUGUUUUUUUGAAUAACUCAAAACUCUUCACCUUGUUUUGUCCUUGUUAAAAAUACGAACUAAAUUUUUUUUAAAAAAAUUUGCUAGGAAAAAUCGAGUGUAAUUUUUUUAAUAAUAUUACAUCUUUUCAUUUUCUGAAAGCGACGAAUUGAGACUGCUUCUGUUGAAGCUGCAUAUUCGAGUGAGUCAGGACAUUGUGAAAUACUCCUUACUAUUCAUGUGAGCGUGCUCCAAAGAUGCUUUGGCGAGCGGAGGAAAUCUCCCAUCUUUUCAUUCUUCUUUCAUCGGCCCUCAGUCACCUAUGUUCGUUUGGUUUUGUACUUUUUUUUUCGGUUUUUUGUUUUAAUUUCUAUCGUCGUCAAUGAUCAAUGCUUAUAUAUCUCUAGGAUAUUUUUUUUUUUCUGUUAUUCUCAAAUUUUUACAAUCGGAUUGUUCGCUAAUAUUAAGAGUGUGUAAUCGUUCCGACACUUGAAUAUAUGUAAUAAUAAGGAGCUUUUCGAAAAAAAAAAACAUUUAAUAUUAUUGCGAAUAUUUUCAUUUGCAUUUCAAUAGUAUCAGAUUAACUGCUAGCUUUAUUUGCGUGGUGCAUAACUCUCUAGGUUUUCUUUUUUCUUUCACUUCGUUUAUCGACUUUUUCAGAUAUGGACUCAAAUUAUCGAUUUUUUUUCUCAUUCCAGGUGCUAUCAUUCAGCUCGAAAUGUACGAAAAAAGAAAGCGAUGAUGGCUGCAACACUUUUGCUUUUAAUAUUCGUCUUCAUUGUUCAGGCCAAAGGUUUUUUUUUAUUUUAAGCUUUUCAUAAUAGAACUUUUUGAAGUGGACAUUCGGCAGACAACUGCAAAUAAAGCUUUCAUGGAAACAGUUCGAGACGGGUUCUACGAAGUUGUUCAUCCUUUUCAAAUUAGGGACAAAAACGAAAGAAUAGGCAUAGGCUCGUAGCAAAAUGAUGUUUGUUUUCAAAUUUGAGAGCUUUAGACACUCGAAACUACUUUUUGAAAGCUCGAGAACACUUUGAGCAUGUUACCAUUGUUAUUCGGAGUAAUUCGCUCGGGCGGUUGAAGCUGGUACUUGAUAGAAAUGACUACAUUUUUGUAAACCAGACAAGUUUUCGGAAGGUGAGUUCAAAUAUGCAGCAAAAUGUUGAGUUCAAGAAAAUUGCAGCUAGAUUCGGAUGGGGAAAAAGUCGUGCACCCGCGAGUGGAGAACUGUUAUUACCAGGGCACUGUUGGCGGCGAAGAAUCCUCUUUCGUCGCACUCUCCUCCUGCAAUGGACUCAGGUAUGAGCGAGUCAUUUAAAAAAAGAAACCGUGCCAACUGUAAAACCUAUUUUAAAUGUAUACAUAGUGGAUCUUGCGUUCACAUAGUCAAAAUUAAUCCGGCUUCGAGUAUAACCCCUGAUAUUCACGUUAGAAUACGUGCAGUGCCAAAAAAGUUUUCAACGAGUCUACUUUCAAAAAUUUCUCUUACAUGACCAAGCUGUAAAUCCGAACCCAAAAUUAAAUUCAAAGUAAUUGGAAGAGAAAUUCUCAUAAGGCAGGUUUAUUCAUUAGAAACGAGUCCGACCUAUCCAAUUUUUCUGUAAGUUUACAAUCUGAAAGAGUGUCUCUAGGGUCCAAUGAAAAAUGCUGGGAUACUUUCCAGAGGCGUGAUAUCUUUCGCCAACGGUACGACAUAUGGCGUUUGGCCUUUGGACACCAACGACAGAGGCGGCAAAAGACAUCCCCACGUACUCUAUAAGUAAGAAACCAAUGAAAUAGCCCUUCAAGCCGUUCGAGACUGGAUUUUUCUAUCUUAUUUUCUGCUAGCUUAAAUUCAAAAACUUUUUUUUGUAAUGUUUUAUGAACCGCUAAAACGGGAUAAUUUGAGAACGGAUUGGAAAAAAGACGCUCGUUGCGGGACCUCUUUGGCGCAAUCAGUCGAGUCAAGGGUACGUCGCACGUCCGUCUCUAAUGACAACUUCCGAUUGCAGAUUAGGCGCGCAGCACACAAGAAGAGGGUGCACAAGCUGCGCAACCGCGACGUUUCCAAACGGACGAAAUACGUGGAAGUGGCGUUAAUUGCGGAUCAUGAGUUUGUGAGUGGAGUCGAAUUGUUUGACAGCGGGCGGUCUCCCGCGGGAAUGCCUUCACAGCUGUGCCGCCGCGAGCUCAGAUAGCCUCAUGAAAAUGCAAAUGGGAUGCGUCUUAGGGCUCCCACUGAAAUAUGUCAAUCAUAGUAAAGCCAUCUUGGCGCUUGUCUUCCCGCAUUUGGUAUUAAUUACAGAUUUGUAAAUGCGAUUGUUCAUGGCGUACAUUCUUGGAGUUUAGGUGAAGCAGCAAGCUCUGACAGAGAGCGACUCUAUCACGUACAUGCUCGAAGCUCUCAACAUUGCCGAUUUUGUAAGUCGAAAGUCCUAUCGAUUCAGGAAAUGAAACAUAAUUUUUUUCUAGAAAAACAAUUUAAAAAUAAGUGUUUUUUUAAUGAAAAAGGCUUGAACGACAACAGCAUAUAGUCGGCAAUGUCACAAAUUUGAAUGCUUUUUGAAUAAAUUUGCCACCGGCCAUGAAAUACUUCUCCUGUGCGAAUUUCGCCUUGUCAUUCAAAAAAAAAAAGAAAAUAAUGUUACACUACGAUAAACCGUAGAAAAAGAAGGAAAGUUUGUGCGCAAACAAGUGUGUGCCCUUCGAAAAAGACAAAAAGACGCUGGCGAAUUGUUCGGACAUUUUUUUCCAAAUUCAAAAAUGGGUCUAAACUUGAAAAAAAAAACUUCAAGUGGAAAAAGAAGCGUUACAGAUGCUCUCGAGAGAUCUGAACAUCAGAUUGUCAGCCGUUUACGUCGAACUUUGGAUGGAUGCGCAAAGAAUCGACUUGUUUGAGGAUUCCCAGCGAACUCUGAGUGGCGUCGUCGAAUACAUCGCUGGUCAUAUUUAUCACAUCCGUAAGUUGUAUUUAUUUAGUUAGUUUGUUAAUAUACAGGAAGGAUAGAUUUUUUUUCUUUCAGAAAAGGAUGCGACGAUACUGUUCACAAGCGGAUCUUUUGCCAAUUCAGAGGCAGGGAGUGCAGAGUUUCGAAACAUUUGUACAGCACGAUCGGCUGUUUUUGUAAAGGCAAGAAUUUAUACCCUUCUCUUACGUUUUCUAAGUGCCUCACAAGAAAAAAAAAUUAUAUGAUUAUUUGGACGCGUUUCUUUUUCUUUCUCGAAUGACUUGAGAGAAGAAAGAGAUGUUUGUUAAACACGGUUAUCCCUGUAUCAAUUGGAAGGCUUUCAGUUUUUUUUAGCAUCAGCGUCAAAUAGCACAUCAAUUUCUGACAAAUCAAACUGACUUGAGAUAAAAGAUCUUUUUCGGAAUUAUUUUUGGGACUAAAUCACGUGGAAAAAAAAAACCUGGUCAUACAAUUCCGUUUUGUUUUAUUCUUCAACUUCAAUCAAUAAAAAAAUUUGAAACAUUUGGCAAAAAAAUCUCCGUGUGUGCAAUUGGUAAAAAUGAUGAGGAUUGGCGAGUUUUUUUUCUAUUGGGUGGCAGAAAAGGAUGUUUUCUAUUUACGGUAUAAAUAUAAAAAAAUAAUAAAAUGAAGAAUGCUAAACUGGGAAUUUCAGUUUUUUCUCGCUAGAAUAUUACCGCUUUUUCAGUCCUUUGAGUAACAAAGACACUUACGAUUGCAGGCAAUAGACGAUUUCGCGACGCAAUGGACUGGCGAGCUGAUUUCGCAGCAAGUCGGCCAUCUCCUCGGCCUCGAACACGACACAGCCGCCUGCUCCUGUGAACCUUCCUCCCAAUGUGUCAUGCGCUCCCGUCCGGGGUUUCAACCUCUUGUGUCACAGCAUUCAUCUCGGAUCAACUUUCAGCUACGUUGGCUCACCGUUCGCCUGGCAGUUCUCAAAGUGCUCAGUGGCGCGGAUGCACGGUAUUUGGCAAGACGGCCAUGUACAGUGCUUGCUCAACAAGCCCUUCCAAGUAUGUGUCUUUCACUUUUUUGUGUCGGAAUGACGUGCACUUCCUUUGCGCACUUUUUUCAAGUUGAUGAAUUUUCAGGGCUCCGAACUGACGGAGUGUGGCAAUGGAGUGGUGGACGCGUCCGAAGAGUGUGACUGCGGUAGUCGCGAGUCUUGCUCAGAUCCUUGCUGCGACCCUCUCACCUGCACUCUCAAGGCUCAUGCUCAGUGCGCGGCACAUCACAAGUGCUGUAACCGUUGCCAAGUCAGUUUUCACAUACCCUUUCCGAUUUAUCUUUUAGUGAUGACGUUCUUAAAAAUAAGUUUUUUUCUCUUCUGCCAACAAAAUAAAGAAAAAAAAUAUUAGAUUUGAAUAUUGUCUGUGAAAUCUGUCGUUGAAUAAAAAAAGUUAGUCUAUAGUUUUUCUUUUUCAAACUCCCUCUGUUUGCUAAUAAGCUAUGACUGUUCUAUGUAUGGAAUGAGAAAAAAAAAGUAGACAACUUGUGUCUUUGAAUGACUUUCCUCUGAAAGCUUUCACGUUCUGACCUCAAUCUAGUUGCGAAAAGCGGGAGAAGUGUGUCGCGCGUCACGAUCUUCCUGCGACGUGACGGAGAUGUGCGACGGCAGUUCUGGGGAAUGUCCACCGGAUGGCCACCUCAUCGACGGAACAGUCUGCGGACAGGACGGCCAAUGCUGGCGCGGCAACUGCAGCGAGCCGCAUUCGCAAUGCGUCUCGCUGUGGGGAGAACAGACGAAAGUCGCCGACGUCGCCUGCUUCGAGCAGAAUAGCCGUGGACACGAGUUCGCCAGCUGUGGUCAGUCCGGCGACGGCUCAUUCCGUCCUUGUCGCCGGGAGGACGUCCAGUGUGGCACUUUGCACUGUCAAGGUAAUAGUGCGGAAAAGAAGAUGAUCAUGAAAUGAGUUUCAGGAGGGGAAGUCGCUCCUAGAGACGCUGCUUUCAAAGCGUUCACUUUCCACUUUUCUCAAAACCAACAGCAGGUUUUUUUCUUCUCUAUAUAAUAUCGAGUUCGCUCCCACUAAAAGAAUUGAAAGCAAGCUUUUUUAUAGUACUGGUCAUAAAGAAUAAAGUUGAAUGCAUUUAUGUUCAUAAUUUUGGUGGAGAAUUUCCCUAGCCUUACUAUUGAAUUUUUCAAUAGCGAUCUUUCUCAGAAACUUUCUCAUCUUCAAAUAUUUAAUGAGGCUUGAAAACUCCAUAUCCAAAUAUAUUUUUUACGCGAGAAACUUCAAUUCAAUUUGAUGUUUUUUGGGUGUGUGUGUGUGAGGCCUUUCAGUUCGGUCGUUUCACAGAUCCAAUGCAAGUCAAUCGCGCACGCCGUCGAAGGAAUGGUGAUGAACGGAGCGAAUUGUGGAAGCGGCCGCGUGUGCAUCGACGGCUCCUGCGUCGAGAUGUCAUCUGUCUCCGCUGCCGUCGCUUGUCCAACCAAUAACCUCGCGCUCCUGUGCUCCGGACAUGGACACUGCACCACCACACAGGUCUGUUUUGUUCCUUUCCUUCAAGUCAAUACACAAUUUCCAUGAAAUAUUUCACAUUCGACCGAAACUUUUUUGAAUACUAACGAUUAUGAUUAAGAGAAGUCAAUGUCUAGUGUUUUCUGGGAGUGUUAGACUGUGUUCGCAGCUUUUAGAUCUUUCCUGUACAAAAUUGACGGUCACUUCCAUUUUCCUCGAAGUAGUGAAAUUGUGAAUCAGGAAAAAAUUUUUUAGUUGAAUUUGGAUAUGCAGUUAGGGUGCUAGCCAGUGCAGUCAUCAGAAUAAGUAUCAAAAAGUGCUCUUUUUAAUAAAACUUCAAAAAAACCUUAUUAACAUUAGUUUCUUGCACAUAAUGAUUAUUUGAGUUCCAUUUUCGAUAGUUCCAAGUAUAUUGACUUUGGCGACAGAAUUAUAGAGAGUACCUUUCUUGUUUAUAAAAAGCUCAUAAUGGAAAGUAUUCCGCGGGUUUAAUUGUUUUCAAAGAUAGCAGACCGAAAUUAUUAUUGUUUUAUCAACCUUUCAAAAAUUCAUGAGCUAAAAUCGAGAGAGUUCAGCAAUGCGUUUGCUUUUCUGGUUGGUCUGGAAAAGCUUGUGAUAUGCGGUCGAACACAAGCAGCAUUGCUGGUUCUACCUCCGAAAAUUCCAAAAACAAAAUCUCCAUCAUCCCGACGCUUUCUAUCACGACAACCCUUGAGACCGCCACGCUUCUUGCUAUUCUGCUUGUCGUAAGUUCUUCUAUGAUGGGUGCAUAAAAAAAAACUUUGAACGCAGGUGGGGAUGAUUCUACUUCUGAUCCUCGUUUGUUUGAUGUUCUGCUACAGAAGGAAAAGCGUCGUAGAGAUUCCGAUUGCAAACGACGAAAAAAAUGACGACGACCAGCCCGAAAGGUCCAUCAAGUUUGGCAAUAUGCCUAGUUACAGGUAAAUGACUGCGUUAUUAUAUUUCUUCCAUAAGGAAGGCUUCCAGGGAGGAAAAGCGCAAGCGGAAAAGCAGUAAAAGGAUAUACGGAGCCCUCAACAGAAUAACAGAAGCUGACGAACGUGAUUCGAACAGUAUGAGGUAUUUCGAACUUUUAUAAAUUUUUCGAUCGUUUGAAACUGUUGAAGGUCCCGAGAUAGUGUUUGUCAACAAGAAAAUCAGCUGCUUUUCGAUCCCAGAAACAGGUAUGAGGUUAUUAUUUUUCAUAUGAUCGUCAUCUUCUCAGAGGGGAGAUUUUCGAGGAAACAGUUGCGGACAACAUCUACGCAGAGUCCCUUUCUUCGCUUUCCAAUAGGCACAUUCAAGACUGCUUCAGAGACGGAGAGGGCUAUCCGCUACGGUAUUUUUCAUUGUUAACAGCUCAUUGAAGUGUCUGAAAGACAGUAAUGGAAUGGUGGACAAAAAAUGUAUAAAAUGUUAUUUUUUCUUACACAGGCAAAGUCUAAACGACCUCAAAAAGGCCUUGAAAAGAAAAGCCUAAAACUCCUUUUUGAGUACCUAAAAAGGUGUCAAAAGUUUCUCAGAAUCUCUUUUUCCCAUCUUUUUUCCGCCUUUUUUUACACCUCCUUAAAAGGUCUAGAAAAAAGGCGCCUUUGAGGUUUUUUUUUCUCAAAAAGUUUUUUUUGAGACCUUUUGAUUUUGCAUGUGUUAAUUGAAAAUCAUAAGCGAGAUUUGUCAACAGUUUUUUUUCAAGUUUUUUUGUGGAAAUCGCAGAUUUCGCCACUUUGAUUAAAUCUCAACUUUCAGGCGCAGACUUGUUUUGUGCCAUUUAAUUUGCAGGCAGCACAACUCUCAACACAUUUGUUCGUAUAAAUCUUUAUUUGUACUGUAAAAAAUCGACCAGUUUUCCUCCUAAAGCCUAUUUUAUACUCCAAAAGAUACCUUUCUUUUUUUACUUGAAUUUUAAUACAAAGACAUUUUGAUAAACAGAUAACUUUACCGCCUUUCACCAGGUGUGGAUCAGCUUUCGUGUCAUUUAUCGGUUCGAAAUUCUCUCUGUUGCAGAACUUUUGGCUCAUGGCGGUCUUCGGCUCCCAUGAGUCCUUCGUCAAGCAACGGCCAUUGUGCAAGUGCUCCUUUACGUCUCAAUAAGAUUGGGCAAAUCCUGCGGAAUCUCCCACCAGACGAGGAUUACCCCGAAAACAUCGUUGGCCAUCGCAACGACCUGCUUUGUAUAUUUUCUUGAUUUUUCCGAUUUGAAUUUUCGAUCGAUUUUAGUAGCUGAAGAAGAGUUGUCGGCCGUCGAAGCAGACAGAGAUUUCGGCUCGAACACAGAAUCUUCGCGAGGCGACGACAUCGACAUGCACGAACGCAUCGCCUCUCAAAAGUCGCACUCGAGUUGGGAUCAACAGCCUCCGUCUUCUAAUAAUCCAAAUGAAGAUCUCAACUUCCGAGAAAGUCCUUCUCUAUUUAGUGACCCUUUCAGAUUAGAACUUUCUUCUUCGAUUCAUACUUAG